CCCAGUUGCUGCAGAGAGCGGCUGCCAGUCCAGCGCGGGCACAGAUCCAGCUCCGCGCGCCCCGUGCGCUCCCGUGCGCCCUGCGUCUGCGCACGCUCCGGCCUUCGCCUCCGGGAUCAGCACAGCCUCGGACCCUGGGAGGUCCAGCUUUCGGGGUGCCACCAGAGGCCGCCCCCUGCAGUUCGCGAUGGCCCGGAGCCGUGUGGCCCGCACCGCCCUGCUGCAAUGCGGCCUCUGGGCCUGGGCGCUCGGGGUCCUGUGCGCCCUGGGGACCGUGGCACCGCAGGCCUGGGCCGGAGGGUCGCAGCGCGCCCCGAAGCCCUGCCGGGCCCCGGAGCAAUGGGAAGGCCGCCAGGUGCUGUUCCAGCAGAGCAGCGGCCUCAACCGACGCGCGCGGCUCUCCUACGAUGGGUUGCAGCGGCGCGUGCGGGUGCUGGAGGAGAGGAAGGCGCUGGUGCCCUGCAAGAGAUUAUUCGAAUAUAUUUUGCUCUUUAACGAUGGAAUAAUGUUUCGGAUUGAACAAGCCACCAAGCAGUGCUCCAAGUUCACCCUAACAGAUCCCUGGGAUCCACUGGACAUUCCUGAGAACUCUACCUUUGAGGACCAGUACUCCAUUGGAGGGCCCCAGGAGCAGAUAACUGUGCAGGAAUGGUCUGACAGAAAGUCAGCAAGAUCAUAUGAAACCUGGAUUGGCAUUUAUACACUCAAGGAUUGUUAUCCUGUCCAGGAAAUCUUCACCAAAAAUUAUAGUGUAAUAUUUUCCACACGAUUUUUUGACAUAGAGCUGGGCAUUAAAGACCCCUCAGUGUUUAUACCCCCAAGCACAUGCCAAGCAGCCCAAAUGGAGUGGGCAAGUGAAGAUUGCCUCUGAUGAGUGCCAGAAUGCAGAAACAAUCACCUGGGAAAUCGGGAGCCUGCAGUAUCCUCUCAGAAGGAACUUAAGUUGGGAGAGGAGAAUCUUCAUUGGAAAUAAAUAUCAUAAUUU